AUGGAAAAGUGGAAUAGAAAGACUGCCAUUGUUACUGGAGCUUCUUCUGGAAUCGGUGAUGCUAUUGUGCGUGAUUUAGUAAAGUAUGGAAUAAACGUGGUUGCUUUAGCUCGUCGCAUGGAGCGUUUAGAAACCUUGAGAGAUCACCUAAAAGAUGAACCAGGCAAGGUCAUUCCAAUUAAGUGUGACGUGUCUGAUAAAGCCUCAAUCGAUGCAGCAUUUGAACAGAUCGAAAAAGAAGUAGGAACUGUUCAGAUUCUAGUUAAUAAUGCUGGAAUUUGUUUGACACAUGGAAUGUUUGGUGAUGAUGACGAUAAGAUCGAUGAAAUCAUAUCCAGCACAAUCAACACAAAUUUCGUUGCACUAUUCUCAUUUGACGGCUUGAUCAUUAACAUGGAAAAGUGGAGUGGAAAAACAGCAAUCGUGACUGGUGCAUCAGCUGGAAUUGGUGAUGCAAUUGUUCGUGAUUUAGUGAAAUAUGGAAUUAAUGUCGUGGCUUUGGCUCGUAGACUUGAAAGACUAGAAAGUUUGAAAGAUCAAUUAAAGGAUGAGAAAGGAAAAGUAAUUCCAAUUAAGUGCGAUGUGUCUGACAAAGCUUCAAUUGAUACUGCAUUUGAGGAGAUUGAAAAGCAAGUUGGAACUGUUCAAAUAUUAGUAAAUAAUGCAGGUAUUGGUCAAUUCUAUGGAAUUUUUGGAAACAAUGACGACAAGACAGACGAAAUUAUAUCCAGCACAAUCAACACAAACUUCCUUGGGCAAGUAAGAGUUGCUAGAAAAGCCUACAAACUAAUGAAAAAAUCUGAUGAUUAUGGAAUCAUUAUUAACAUUGGAAGUGUAACUGGACAUAAUGCAUCACUAGAUUUUCUCGUGAAUGUUUAUCCAGGUACUAAAUUUGCUGUCCGAGCUGUCACUGAGUCCAUGCGUCAAGAGCUCAAUAAAUUAAAGGAUGUGAAAGUCCGAGUUUGUGAAAUAAGCCCAGGUUUUGUGUCUACUGAUUUAGGAGGGGGAUCACUAAAAACACCAGAAAUUAAAGCAGCCUUUCCGAUGCUCAAAAGUUCAGAUGUAGCGCAAACAGUUCAGUUCAUUCUGAUGACACCUUAUGAAGUUAAUAUCACAGAAUUAAUUGUCAAACCGGUUGGUGAAAAGAUGUGAUCAACUGAAUAUUGGAAAGGAUUUACUGUUUUUUAAAUAUAUUUUUUUUGGGGUACUGCUUUACCUUCCUCUUCCUAUGAGAGAAACCAAUAAAUAUUUAUGAAAAUAAACACAAAUGAGAUGUUUCUAAUUUUAACUGUGCUG